AUGUCCUCGCCAAAGCUCCAAGUCGCGAUUGCGGGAUUAGGCCGCAUGGGAGCCCGUCAUGCGCUUCACUUCCACACCAUGACGCCUCGUGCAGAUUUGAUUGCGGUCUCAUCUCCAGACCCCAGAGAAUUGGCCUGGGCGACCCGAAACUUGGAGGGUGUGCGGACGUAUCUGGACUACGACCAGAUGCUGAAGGAAGAGAAGGAGUUGCAGGCGGUCGUCAUUGCCUCGGCGACCAUUGUUCACGCCGAGCAGGCCAUCAAAGCCAUCAAACAGGGUCUCCACGUCCUGUGCGAGAAACCACUCAGCACAAAUCCCGAAAUCUCGCAAGAAGUCGUCACGGCAUACCGGGCGGCGAAGAAAACCUACCCCAACCAAAAAGUCAUCUGCGGCUUCUCGCGCCGGUUCGAUGCAUCCUACAGAGACGCCUAUCAGAAAAUGCGAUCGGGCUUGAUCGGACGCCCGGCCGUCUUUCGGUCCCAGACCUGCGACAAGCUCGAUCCAUCCGGGUUCUUUGUGCAGUACGCGCAGUUCUCCGGGGGCAUUUUUGUGGACUGCUCAAUCCACGACAUUGACCUGGCCCUGUGGUUUUUCGGCGAAGACUCCGUGGUCAAAUCGGUCAGUGCGAUCGGCAUCACCGCGGUGUCCCCAGAACUGCGAAAGUACAACGAUCGCGACAAUGCGUUGGGCAUUGUCGAGUUCUACGGGGGCAAGAUUGCUCAGCUGUACUGCAGUAGAAUGAUGGCUGCAGGGCAAGAAGACAGCACCGAGGUCACCGGCACCGAGGGAAAACUCGCCAUCAACACGCAGCCCAUGUCCAACCUCGUCAACAUCUACGAGCCAUCCGGCAUCCGCCGCGAGAUUCCUCCUCACUACUAUGGCCGUUUCCGGGAGGCCUUCAUCACCGAAGCGAACGAGUUCACCGCUUGCUGUCUCGACAACACCGAGCCGCCGUUCAGACUCGAAGGCGCUGUCGCCGCGGUCAAGAUCGGCUGUGCCUUGCAAGAGAGUCUGAUCACGGGCAAGAAGAUUGAGUUCGACGAGAUCGGCCGCCGGAUAGAUGAUGCAAAGGACGAUGCCGCUCUCCUGACUGCCAAGUUGUGA